AUGAUCGACGAAAGACUCAGCUUCGCGAGUCAUGUCGACUACGUGUGUAAGAGAACGGCCGCGGCCGCACUCAUACGGAUGAUGUCGAACUCCUCGGCAAACCGAAGUAGCAAAAGGAGGAUACUGUCAAGCGUGACCACGUCAAUCUUGUGGUACGGAGCGGCGGCCUGGAGGCAGGCACUGGAAAGACAGUGUAACCUACAGAGACUUAGCAGCGUUCAGCGGCUGAUGAACCGGCGUACGAAGCCGCCUGUAGUGGCGGGCUUCAUGCCCAUCUCGGUAUUGUUAGAGAAGGAUGUCGCAUCGUCCCAGUCCGAGGUUUGCGGCGGAACGUAUCAACAUACUUGCGGUUUGUGGGCCCGACACGACCGUAGACAACGUGGUGUAGAGGAUGUGUACGGACUCCAAUACUUGACAUGUGGUUAG